AUGCUCUUGGGUGGAACACAAUGGAGUUCACAAAAAACGAAAAAUGUAGCAACAGCCGCCAUUGAAGAAGCCUCGUCUCGGAGUCGGAGAGAGUCAUUCAUUAUCCCGGCCACCAAUCCAUUGCUUCGGUGUGCGGAUUUGACUAUCCCAUGGCUAAACCCUCAUGAUAUCUCCGCCUUCUCUCAAACCUGCAAAACUUUAUCCCUGAUUAGCAGACCCCUCAUUAUCCGGCGAUAUCUUGACGCUACACUGUCCCUCGAUAAUUCAAUCCCGCAUGCGAAAUCGGAGAACGUGUCAAGACCUUCUCUUGACUCAGUGAGUGAGCGCGGACGAUUAGAGGUGAAUCUAUUGUCGCCUGAGGUUGGUGGAUGGUUGAUGCGUGUUGACUGA